CUUGGUGUGGGUAUAUAUAGAUCGUCUCAAACAUGUGACCAAUAUCCUCAGCUGAUCCUCACAGCGACAACAACAUGAAGCUGAUACUCCUCGCCUGUCUGGUAGCCCUAGCCGCCGCCGCUCCUCGCCCUGACGAAGAUGAGGCUAAGAUCUUAGUGGACGAGCGCCAGGCUACUGCAGAUGGAAACUUCAACUACCGAUAUGAAACUGAAAAUGGAAUCUCCGAGGACAGACUCGGUACUCCAGGCUCAGAGGGUCAGAGCAACAUGCAGGGCACCUUCAGGUUUACAUCCCCUGAGGGUGAAUUGAUUGUCGUUACCUACAUCGCCGACGAGUUCGGUUUAAGAGCCGAAUCCCCACACCUGCCUCAGCCUCACCCCCUCCCCGCCCACGCCAUCGAGCAGAUCCGCGUCGCCGAGGAGCAGCGCGCCCAGGGCAUCACCUUCGAGAAAUAACAUGAACUCUGACCACUUUCUAUCUUGACCUCUUAGUUAUCAAUUGACCUUCCUAUAUAUAAUUAACUGACGACCGCAUUUUUACUUCCUUUAUAAAUUAUGAAAGUUUCUUGAAAUCUAUUGGCACAAUUACAUGUUUAGGUGCAGCAUAGGUAUGGUAGUUUCAUUAUGCAGUGACGGAGUUACCGAGAACCUCCUGAACCUGUUAAUGUACUGUGCACACUAUCAUGGGGUCACCCUGCUUCAUGGACGUUGUUAGAGUUUAGGUAAAAUAAAUAUUGUAUCAGUGA